AUGGGUUGGAUGGAUUUGUCGCAGUGGCAUACCCCUUUACAAUUCAUUCUGGGAGAGCGUUAUGCUCCCACUCUUACGGAGCACCGCUUCGAAUUGGCACGUCUUGUUGCGAUUGUAGAGACUCUGCCGUCGGGGAAGUCCAGUAUUGCUACUAUUAAUUUUGGCAUUCCGAGUCUUGCAGAGGGGCUGGGAGGCUACAAGCAUGGCCUGGAGGUCAUGUCACCGAGCGGAAGUGCAUAG